CUUUUUUCUUUUUUUCUUUCUUUUUUUUUUUCCCUCAGUUUAUGUUUCUCACAAUUUUUGUUUUUUUAAAUUUUGUUUAUUAACUUUACUUGAGUUUUUCUUUUAAAAUAUUUACAUGCUAUUUACUAUUUGAGUUACUUAUGGGUUAUGUCUUAAAGGUUUUGAUCUUGAAGAACCUGGAAGCCCAGAACUGAACUUCACUCUGUUUUCCCCCUCAAAACUUUCUUUUUUUAUUUUUAUUUAGUGAGAAACUUCCUUUUGUUCUUACCAUAAUUAUAAUUUAGUCUUAAAAAUUUUCUCUACAAAUUUGGGUCAAGGGGUUUGUUUUGAUCUCUAUAGUUGUUUGGUUUUUUUAUUUUUGUUGAUAAUCAAAUGUUAGUUCUUUCGUUUAAGUCUUCUAAACUUUUAUUUAUUUUAUUUCUGAUUUGGAAUAUGGUUUAAGAAUAAAUUUUACUUGUAGCCCACCCUUUGUAUCUUUUUGGGUGGUACAUCUUAUCUAAUAUGUUAGGGCUUAUAAAGUAUAUAGUUCAUAAAGAUUUGCGGGUGAGCUUUGGUUAGGAGAAAAAGUGUGUACAUUUUACCAAAUUAUGUAUUUGUUUGAAAUGUUGGUGCAGAUGCUAGUAACUGUGGUGAUUUUGUGAACUUGUUGGUAUAUGCAUGGAAGCAAGAGAAGGAAUAAGUUCAGGAGUGACAGUGAUAGGAGCUGAAGCUCCAUCAACUUAUCAUGUGGCCCCAAGGAUGGAAAACCCCACUCAGGCAUCUGGAUUACCUCAGGUUGCUCUUUUACCAGGGAAUGUGGGGUUGACUGAAACCACAGGGAAGAAGAAAAGAGGUAGACCCAGGAAGUAUGGACCAGAUGGGACAGUCACCAUGGCAUUGUCUCCCAUGCCCAUUUCGUCCUCUGCCCCGCCUUCUGGUGAUUUCUCAUCAGGGAAAAGAGGCAAAGCCAAGUCCGGAGAGUACAAGCAACACAAGAAACUUGGAGUGGAACAUUUUGGUGGUGAAUGGAAUACAAGUUCGCUUGGUACAAAUUUUAUGCCCCAUAUCAUAACUGUCAAUGCUGGAGAGGAUGUCACAAUGAAGGUUAUAUCAUUUUCUCAACAAGGACCUCGAGCUAUUUGCAUCCUAUCAGCUAAUGGAGUAAUUUCAAAUGUUACAUUGCGCCAACUGGAUUCAUCUGGGGGUACUUUAACAUACGAGGGUCGUUUUGAGAUACUAUCUCUAUCUGGAUCAUUCAUGCCGACUGAGAGUCAAGGAACAAGGAGCAGAUCAGGUGGGAUGAGCGUAUCUUUAGCCAGCCCGGAUGGUCGUGUUGUUGGGGGAAGUGUUGCUGGACUACUAGUGGCUGCUAGUCCUGUGCAGGUUGUGGUGGGCAGUUUUCUACCAAGCACCCAACACCAAGAUCAAAAGCUGAAAAAGCAUAAGGACUUAUCACCUGUGAGUGUAGCACCAGCCGCAACCAUAGCUGCUGCAAUGCCAGUUUCCAAUGCCGAAAAAGAAGAUGGCAUGAGUGCGCAUGGACAUCAAAACUCGGGUGCCCUGAGACCAAAUCUUGGUUCUUCGUCUCCUUUCCAGAGAGAAAACUGGCCUGCCAUGAAUUCCAUGCAGGAUUCGAGAAAUUCGGCUACUGAUAUAAACAUCUCUUUGCCUGGAGGUUAAACUUAGACAAAUGAUCUCAAGCAGCCCUGACCGACAUUGAUUCUUGAUAUUGUUCUGAAUUAAGUCUCUCUGCCCUCAUCUCUACAUUGCCUUAAAAAGUACUUAUGGAGCACCACCACCACAGGUUGAAGUAAGGGGUAGUAGUUUUCCACCUCUCAUUAGGGUUUAUACACUUGAUUUAUCUGGUAGGAUAUCUGAUUUGUAGGCUCAUUUAGUAGCUCUUUAGCUGUUAUAAUCAGAAUUUAUGGAUGUAAGGACAAUUUAUUUCUUUUUACGUCUGAAUUAUUUAUUUGCCCAUUGGUGACAAUUUUUAAA